UGCUGUGGUGUUUGUUGUUUGUCACGUCAGUGGUGCGUUGGUUAUUCAUGAACAUCAGUGUUUAGUUUAGAGUGUUGUGACUGAAAAACUGAAAUGAUGAGAAGAAAUGUUAAAGUUUUACUCCUCUUUUCCAUGGCAUGGAUGUUUGUUAUUAUUUAUUACUUGCAAACUAACGGAGACACCAAGACUGAAAACAAAGCACUGCGACUGAAGGACGGCAUCACGGCGUCGCCGCUGGUGGAAGAGAGCGCCGCGGGUCCGGGCUUCCCCUUGGCCCUCCAGAGUUUCGAGACCACGGACGGGCGCCUCACGUGGAACUACUUCGACGAGGCCGGGUACAUAGCCCGCGGUGGCCUGCGCCAAGGGGAGGACCCCUACAUCCGGAACAGGUUCAACCAGGAGGCCAGCGACAGCCUGCCCAGCAACCGGGAGAUUCCGGAUACCAGGAACGCCAUGUGCAGACGCAAGAACUGGGGACCGGAGCUUCCCGCCACCAGCGUCAUCAUCACUUUCCACAACGAGGCAAGGUCGACGCUGCUUAGGACCGUGGUUAGCGUUUUAAAUCGAAGUCCUGAGCACCUUAUUAAAGAAAUCAUUCUAGUCGAUGACUACAGUGAUAACCCGGCCGACGGGGAAGAACUGGCGAAGAUCCAGAAAGUCCGCGUGUUGCGUAACGAGAAACGGGAGGGCCUGAUGAGGUCCCGAGUGCGGGGAGCGGACGCUGCGAAGGCCUCCGUCCUGACUUUCCUCGACAGCCACUGCGAGUGCAACGCCAACUGGCUGGAGCCGUUGCUCGAAAGAGUCGCCGAGGACCCCACACGUGUUGUAUGCCCUGUGAUAGAUGUAAUAAGCAUGGAUACUUUCCAAUAUAUCGGGGCCUCGGCGGACUUAAGGGGAGGCUUUGAUUGGAACCUCGUUUUCAAAUGGGAAUAUUUGAGUUACGCCGAAAGGGAGAACCGACAGAGGGAUCCGACUCGGGCUAUAAGGACUCCGAUGAUAGCGGGAGGUCUUUUCGUGAUCGACAAAGCUUACUUCGACAAGUUAGGCAAGUACGAUAUGAAGAUGGACGUGUGGGGUGGAGAAAAUUUGGAGAUUUCGUUCCGGGUCUGGCAGUGCGGAGGCAGUCUCGAAAUUAUACCGUGCAGCAGGGUUGGACAUGUAUUUCGCAAGCGACACCCUUACACCUUCCCCGGAGGAAGCGGUAACGUGUUUGCGAGAAAUACGAGACGUGCAGCCGAGGUUUGGAUGGACGAUUACAAGAAUUACUAUUACGCUGCCGUUCCUCUCGCCAAGAACGUACCGUUCGGAGACAUAAGCGACCGUCUCGAGUUGAAAAAGAACUUGCAGUGCAAGCCGUUUAAGUGGUACCUGCAGAACGUCUACCCGGAGCUGGCAAUCCCGCACGCGACGACGUCCCACAUCGGAGAACUCCGCCAGGGCAUGUUCUGCCUCGACACGAUGGGUCACCUGCUGGACGGUACCGUGGCGCUGUAUCAGUGCCACCACACCGGGGGCAACCAGGAGUGGAGUUUUACCAGCGGGGGACUGAUUAAGCACCACGACCUCUGUUUGACACUCGUCAACUUUUUGAAAGGUUCUCAGGUGGUGAUGAGGAUAUGCGACGGUUCCGACAGCCAGAAGUGGCACCUGAUCGAGCCGGGCGGCCUCCUGAGGCACUCCCGCUAUCCGCUGUGCCUGGACACGAAGUACACCAACAUGAAGGGCGUGACCGUCGAGCGGUGCAACAGCAACCUGGAGACGCAGCGGUGGCAGCUCAGCAGUAGCUCCUAAUAAGUGGACGAGCUAGGAUUUUUUAGGAUAUUCAAUUUUUCGACUUGCAUAGUGAGAUCUUCUGUAAAGUUUUAAUGUACCCCUUAACGAAUCGAGGCCCGGCCGCGGGCUUGGAGGUAGAUCUGAAAUUUGUUUCACUGUAUUAGGAUCAAGUUAACGUUUUAGGGAAAAUUUUUAAAUUUUUUUUUCGUUUUUUUAUUUUUCGAUUUUUUUUUUUAAAUUUGAGAUUCCACCACUAGUAAAAGCGUUUUUUACCUUUAAGAUUGGUAGUUUAAAAAAUACGCACUUAUUAGUUACGGGUGAGAGAUUCUUUAGAAACGUUGCAAUUAUGAAAAAAAAAAAAAGGUGGAAUGCAGAUAUUCGAAUAGUCACACUGUAUAUUUUAAAUAAGUGUUUGUAGAUAAUGUUUUAUACCAUUACAUGUUUGUUUUAAAAUGAGUACUUAAAGAAAAGAUUUUAAUAUAUUGUUGUACAUUACGAGUAAUUAUAGAAAGUGUUAUUUAUUUUCUCAUAUUUACGACACAUUGUUUGAAAUACUCAAUUUUUUAUAUGAAUUUUAUUUAUUUUAUUACGAAAAUCUAGUGUAAAUGCUACCACCAUUGGAAAAGACAUAAUAGAUUUUUUUUACAUUGAUUUUUAUAAAAGUAAUAACGUACAGGGUGUCCCCAUUUAUUGAUGUACGAACCGAUCACUAACACGAAAAAACAAAUUAAGAGGGCUCUGUAGCAAAUAGGCAACCAGUAAUACAUUUUUAUAGAUU